AUUAUUUAUAAUAAACAUGGGCAGAAGACCAGCCAGGUGUUACAGAUACAUUAAGAACAAGCCUUACCCAAAGAGUAGGUUCAACAGAGGUGUCCCAGAUCCAAAGCUUAGAAUCUACGACUGCGGAAACAAGAAGGCUCAAGCCAACGAAUUCCCAUCUUGCGUCCACUUGGUCUCAUGGGAGAAAGAGCAGGUUGGAUCUGAGGCUCUCGAAGCCGCCAGAAUUGCUGCCAACAAGUACAUGGUCAACACUGUUGGAAAGGAUAACUUCCACAUGAAAAUGAGAGUCCACCCAUGGCACGUAACCAGAAUUAAUAAAAUGCUUUCAUGCGCUGGAGCUGAUAGACUUCAGACCGGUAUGAGAGGUGCCUACGGAAAGGCCAAUGGUAAAGUUGCUAGAGUCCACAUCGGUUCCAUCUUGAUGUCCAUCAGAUGCAAGACCUCCAACGUAAAGGCUGCCACUGAAGCUCUGAGAAGAGCCAAGUUCAAGUACCCAGGAAGACAGAAGAUUUUCGUUUCAUACAAGUACGGGUUCACAAAAUACACUAAGAAGCAGAUCAAAGAGUACGGAGAAGAGGGAAGACUCAUUCCUGACGGAACCUUCUACAGAGUGAUCGGAACCAAGGGCCCACUUGACAGACUCAAGUUGUUCAAGGACCUCAAGCAACUCGAGAGAGAGCAAGCAGCUGACGAGUAA